UAUGUAAGAGGUAUAUAUGCUUGUGAAAUUGUUUGUUUCUUUGUUUUCUUUUGUUACUUUUUCUAUACCGCUGAAUAGUCUCUAUAUAUAAAUCUCUGUCCAUUCUCACUGACUGGUUUUUCUUCUUCAAUUGAUUUCCGAGGUGGCUCGUCUUUUUUGCAUAGGAGUGGUGUAUUAGAUGUAAACUAAACUCUCUUGCAUUCAAGUGAUAUGUUGGAUUUACUAUAUGGAAAAAAUGGUUCGUACUCCAUACUGGUGGCUGUCUUGCCUCGCAAUUCUACUGCUAAUUACUAAAGUUAAAAGUUCAGAACAACCUCAAUUAAGCAAUGAAAAUUGGGAGAAAACUGCAGUUUUUCUAUCCCCUAAAUUUGUGCUAGAACCCGGAUCUGUUUCCAACAAAGAUUACUACAAUAUUGAUUUCCCUCGAGGCCAUAUAGCAAUCAAGAGUUUCAAUGGAGAAGUAAUCGAUGAGACAGGGAAUCCGGUCCCCCUUCAUGAAACUUAUCUCCACCACUGGGUUGUUCUAAGGUACCAUCAACGAAAAGGAGUCGAUAUUCCAAAGCACCAUGGAAAUAGGGUGUUUGACAAAUCAGAUUACUUUUUUGUAAGGAAUAGUGGUGUGUGUGAUCAUGGUCUAUCGUACUACUUCGGAAUAGGAUCUGAGACACGAAAAAUGGCCACACACGUGCCCGACCCUUAUGGAAUUGAGAUUGGAAAUCAUGCCGAGAUCCCAGAUGGAUACGAAGAGAAAUGGAUGCUCAAUGUGCAUGCAAUUGAUACCAGGGGUGUUCUAGAUAGGUUGGGGUGCACCGAGUGCAGGUGCGAUUUGUAUAAUGUUACAGUUGACGAGCAUGGUCAUGUUUUGCCAUCGGAUUAUUACGGUGGCUUAAGAUGUUGUUAUGACGAGACAAAAUGUAUGGUGAAAGAAGGAUUCCAUGGUGUGAAGAGAAGCCUAUACGUGAGGUAUACAGUGAAGUACAUUGAUUGGGAUGCCUCCAUUGUGCCUGUUAAAAUCUAUGUUCUUGAUGUUACUGAUGUUUGGACAAGGCCGGAUGAAUCCAGAGGAGUCAGAUCUCGACAUUAUUGCCGGGUCGAGUAUGAUGUUGAGUCUUGUGACAUUGGUGUGGCUAAUGAUGAUUGCAUUCAUACUAAAAGAGUGAGCGUUAGUUUGCCAACCAGUGGAAAUGUCAUCUAUGGUGUUGCACACCAGCAUGCAGGAGGGACUGGUUCAACUCUUUAUGGGGAGGAUGGAAGAGUGAUAUGCUCAUCAAACCCAGUUUAUGGUGAAGGAAAUGAAGCAGGAAAUGAGGCUGGUUAUGUUGUGGGAAUGUCCACAUGUUACCCUUCACCUGGCACUGUCAAAAUAUCUGAUGGGGAGUUACUAACUCUUGUGUCUAACUAUAGCAGCGCACACGGACAUACUGGAGUCAUGGGUCUAUUUUACCUCUUGGUUGCAGAUUCAUCGACAAACACUGCCUUGCACUCUUUGACUUAUGUAAGAUUCCUUUUCCUCAUGUCAUGAUUGGUAUGUUCGACU